CUCGCUCGCCAAAAACCGGGCAGAUUUGCAAUAGAAAAUAAACAACCUCACUCGAAAUUGUUCACUUGGAAAUUAUUUUGUUUUAAUGUUUUCCCAUAUUGCAACUAAUACGACUUACCAAUCAACCGUAAUACUGUUAUUAUAAUGAACCAUUCGAUGGCACCAACACCGGACAUGCACAACAUUUACGGUUUUCACCAUCAUCACCAGCAACAGCAACAGCACCAGCAACAAUCACCCGAUUUGCUCAGAAGUGGAGGUCACGUUGUGACCACUAAAGCCGAUUCUUCAUCCUCGUCGCCGUCACUCUGUUAUAAUAAGACUUCGACUUUCACCCAAGAUUUCAUGUUGGCCAAUGACUCGUGUCAAACGCAACAGCAACAGGACGACGACAGUUGCAGUGACGGAGAAGAUUCGAGCCAACCCAGCUGCACUUACCGCUCUGUCCACCACAGUUUCGUGGGGACUUCGAUAAGACAAGGCGCUGACUUGUCGUCGGCCGGUUCGAUGGGUCGGCACAAUAUGGUGGCGGCGGCGGCGGCAGCGGUGGCGGACGGUUACUACGGCGCGGCUAGCGGUAACCACGGUAAUGGGAGCGCUGGACAUCAUCACCACCACCACCACCACGGUCAUCACCAUCACCAUCACCAUAACGGCAACGGAAACGGUCAUAAUCAUCAUCACCAUCAUCACAACGCCCCGGCAGGAAUGGCGGUGGCGGCGAUUGUGGACGCACAAGGUGCGGGCGGCGUCGGAGGUGGAGGCGGCGGGUACAGGGUGCAGAGGCAAGCGGCCAACAUACGGGAACGUAGACGAAUGUUGAGGUCAGACCUGGCGCCGACUCGGGCAGCGGAUAGGCCCACGCCGGUCAAAAUCAGCAUCAACUCGGCGUUCGACGAGCUCCGCGGACAUGUGCCUACGUUCCCGUACGAGAAGCGGCUCAGCAAGAUCGACACUCUCCGUCUGGCGAUCGCUUACAUUGCGCUGUUGCGCGAAGUUCUGUCGGCCGACUGCGACCCGCUCACUUAUGUCCAACGGUGUCUGAGUGGCGAGCGGACGCCCGAACGCGCCGAGUGGAACACCAGUGAUCUAACAGCCAGACUUUCGUGGAUCAACUGGGAGAACUUGGGCGUGAAUCCCAACAGGCGAGGCGUCUUGACGUCUUAUUCGAUUCCUGACAACGUAAACAACUAAAAUAAAUGUGUAGUAUGCUCGCGGGUUAUAGGUCGGUUAAACCUAAUUCCGCUGUAUAUAAUAUAAUAUGUAUAUUAUUUUCGUUUUAGGAAAUUUAUCCAUUGUUAAUAUUAUUUAAUUAUAUCCAUUGAUACAUUAUUAGUUCUAAUAGGGAAAUGUGCAAUAAUAGUACUUUCUUAAAAGGAAACUGCAUGUCGCAGACGUUUUGAUUCUUAUUACUUACCUACGUAUGGUUACGUUUAAUGAAAAUCUAAUUAUAUUUAAGGGGAUUUUAUGUAUCGACCGUUUUUAAGGAGUUCCGUAUAGGUAAUAAUCCAAGUACUCGCAUGCAUGUCGUAAAAUAAAUUGUUGAAAGUUCUAGCAAGCACACGCAUGUUAUGUGUGCACCAACGGACCAACCUGCUGUGGUCAAUAAGUACGUAAUAUUUUUCUCUAAAAUACAUGUAGGGACUUAUCAACAUUUUGACUAAACUGGUAAAACUAAGUACUGUGAUGAGUAGGGCUCGGAUUUAAAUGAUUUUCAAAAAAUGAAUUUAUGACCUAAAAUCCCUAAAAUAAUAAAUAACCUCGAAAAAUUCAAAAAAUGCCACCAACAAAAUUUUGUUAUUAGCAUAGUUUGUACUUGAAACAAAUUUGUAUCUUUGAAAGCAUUAUUUCAAACAUUCAAGAAAAAAAUAUGGAAAUGCAUCGAAAUCAGAGCUCUAGUGAUAAGAAAUCUGAAAACCUAUUCGUUACGGACGUUGAAGUUUAUCUAUUUAAAUGAUCGAUCAUCUCACUGUUUUUUUUUUUAAUUUCCGUAUUGGUAAUCAAUAGGUAUUUUAAAAUUCUACAAUUGUUACAUUUAAAAAAAAUUUCAAUUUUAUUGGAUGAUAGCAAGUAGGUAGUCAAAAUGUUAAAAAGUACAAGAUUAUUAUGGAACUCAAAUAAAUUUCAUAAAUCAUAACGAACUCAAAUAUGUUUUUAGAUUUCUGAUUGCACCAUUAAUUUUAUCGGUACAAAUGUACAAUGAACAAAAGAUAAAUAUGUUUUCGUAAAAAAUGGUUGCUUUGAAAUUUCCUAUAGUUAUGAGCUACUUAACACAAAUAAAACGAACAACUAUACCUAUUUAUUGUGUAAUAUAAGCUAAAAUAUUGAAUUGAGUAUAUUAUAUUUACAAAUCCUAGUUUUAUAAAUAAUAUACCUGAACGGGUCAAAAUAUAAUGAUGUUAUCGGUGGCUAAUCGCUAUAGCGACAGUUGUUAAGCCGUAUUAUUAUUGCAAAUACGUAAUAAAUUUAUGUUUGAAAAUUUCAUGAAUUUUAAAAUUGUGAUUAGUAUUUAUUUAUUUAAUUUUUUUUUUUUAGUAUUUAAAUAAAUAUUUUUUUUUCAAAUAAGUUUUUUUUUUAUUGAUUUAAAACAAAACAUUGGCGAAAACGGCCAUUAGUUGUUGCUGUUAUAAUAAUUACAAUUAUUUUUCUAAUGUACAUUCUUAAUUAUAAUAUUUAUAAAUUAAAUCUGCGCUUGAUGAUUUGGAUGGUAAAAUGGAAUAUGUAAAAGUUUUGGCAAAUGCACAGAUAAAUCCAAUUGAACGACAGGUUUACAAACCGUUGAUACAUGGAGGUAAUUUAUAUGUUCUAAAAUAAAACAAUUAUUCUAAAAAUUAUAAUAUUACCUAUUGCCUAUAGUAUUUUAGUUGGUAACUAAUUUUCAUUAAAAAAUUAUAUGUUAGGAACUUGUUUUGAUUAAGGUGAUUAUAUAUUAAUAUUAUUAUAAUUAAUAUUUUAUAAUAUAUUAUGUCUAAUAUAGAAAUAAUUAUUAAGAUACCUUAACACUUUUUAAACCAAACCUAGAAAAAAAUGAUUUUUUCCUAUUAUAAAAAUGGAAAAGUUUUGAAAAUACAUAAAAAUUUAGUCUUACAUCCUUUGACUUAUGAGUCCCGUCAGUCAUUUACGGUCUGGAUUUUAAAGUCCCGUCAGGAAUUUAGAGUAAUUUUCCUUCCCAUAUAAGCAAUGUAUUUUUACUACUAAAUUAAGGACAUUUCUAAAUUAUAUUUCUUAAUAAUUUAAACAAGUUUUUAAAUAAAUUAGAAAUUUGGAAAAAAAAUUGUAAUUUAAAAACAUUACAACAUAGUUUUUUUUUAUCCUUCUCGAAUAUAUAGAUCCUACAAUAUAAUCAUACAAUGUUCUCUAUACAUUUUGUGCUCAUCUAUAGGCUAUAAUAUAAAAACAUAUACCCAAGCAUAAAAAUAAAAUAUAAUCUGAUAAUGUUCACUUAAAUACACUUUGACACUUAAACACUCUUUAAGUUAAACAAUUAUGAAUGGUUCAAACUUAUCAAAUGACUAGUUUUUUUAUCAUAAAUUAAUCAAGUUUGUGAGUUUAUUAAUAGUGUAAGUGCAUGAGAGGUUUAAGUCAGGGCUUGAAACCGUUUUCAAAACCGAUUUCAGAAACAGGUAUAAACCGUUUUAAAACCAAAACCGAAAUCGUAAUCAAAAACGAAACCGAAAAAAAUUGGAUACCGGUAUUAAAUUCAAAAUCGAAACCGUAAAAAAAUGGAAACCAGUAUUUAAUUCUAAACUGAAAUCUGAAAAAAUUGGAAAUCGUUUUUUUUUUUUAAUUGACGUGUUUUUAAAUACGUAAAUUCCAUUAAUACGCAUAAUUGAUACUUAUAUUAAAAUGUUGAUAACCAUUUCAUUAUUCGCAAAAAAAAUUGGAAACCAGUAUACAAAACCGAAACCGAAAUUUCUUAAUACCGGUAUUGCUAAGUUGAUACCGAAAUCGUAAAAUUUCAAAAUCUGUAUACAAAAUCGAAACCGAAACUUCCUAAUACCGGUAUUGAAAAAUUCAAACCGAAACCGAAAAAAUUAAAAACCAGUAUACAAAAUUGAAACCGAAACCGAAAUUAUUUUAAUCGGUUUCAAGCCCUGGUUUAAGUAUAAAAACUUAUGAGCCCAAUUUCUUUGAAAAUCAAUGUUUUUAAUAAAUUAAUACGCAGAAAAAAUUAAUUUAUAAUUGGAUAUAAUAAUAAUGCACAUUGCAUAUGUAAAAACCAAUGUUGAAUGUAUAUUUUUUAGCUUUUGGUAUGUUUUAUGCUUUAUGUUGGUAUAAUAUCUGAAGAACCCCAUCGCAAAAAUAUUAAAUGUUUAGUUUUUAUAAAAUAGUUUUUGAGUAUUAUGUUUAACUUUAAAAACAAUAAAACUGUCAAAAUAUUUAAUAGGUAUUUUUUCCUUUUAAAUAAAAAAAAACUAUCUGUGAGCAAAAAAUAGAUAGAUAAUUCCAUACCAAAUCAAUCUUGUGUCUAAUUUUU